AUUCGCAAAAAUUGGAUGGAGUACCAAGGCUUCACCAACUGGGAAGGUCUUCUCGACCCUCUAGACGCCAAUUUACGUGGCGAGAUUAUAAGGUAUGGACAAUUUGUCGAUGUUGCAUACAAGGCGUUUGACUUUGAUCCGGAUUCCAAUUCAUACGCAACAUGCAAGUACUCGAAAGCCUCCUUGUUUGAAAACUCCGGGCUUCCGGGAACUGGGUACCGGAUUACAAAAAAUUUACGUGCCACGUCCGGCAUCCAGCUUCCUAGCUGGAUAGAAAAGGCUCCGAGUUGGGUCGCGACGCAGUCUAGCUGGAUUGGCUACGUGGCGGUAUGUCAAGACAAGGAGGAAAUUGCAAGGCUUGGAAGACGGGACGUAGUGAUUGCCUAUAGAGGUACCGCAACGUGCUUGGAGUGGCUCGAAAAUCUUCGAGCAACUCUCACCCAACUCCCGUCCGUACUUAAUAACUCAGGCCUGGACAACUGUGAACCAAUGGUCGAAAGUGGAUUUUUGAGCUUAUACACUUCAGGAACCGACUCAAUCCCGAGCUUGCAACAAAUGGUACGCCAAGAGAUUGCACGGUUGCUUCAAUACUACGGCGACGAGCCUCUCAGCAUAACAUUCACCGGGCACAGCCUUGGCGCCGCGCUAGCAACGCUCGCAGCUUGCGACAUUAAAACUACGUUUAACCCGUCACCACUGGUCACCGUCAUGUCGUUUGCCGGGCCACGUGUCGGAAACAGUAGCUUCCGCCGCAACCUGGAUAAGAAGGGCGCAAAAGUUUUACGCAUUGUGAACUCCGACGAUGUAAUAACUAAAAUACCGGGUUUCGUAAUCGACGACAAUGAAAGGCGCCAUAAGGCGUGCGAUGGUGGGUUCCGAAAGGCGGUAGAGUUCCAGAACUGGAUCCAGAAGAAGGUGGAGGACACGCAGUUGUCGUACGCAGAGGUUGGGAAGGAGCUCAGGUUAAGCAGCAAGGACUCACCUUAUCUGAUGGGCACCAACGUGUCCACGUGUCACGAGCUCAGCACGUACCUCCACCUCGUCGACAAUUUCCAGAGCUCAAAGUGUCCGUUCAAAGCCACGGCCAAGAGAUUAUUCAGCAAAAAACACUAAUUAACUUAAACAAACCGUAGAGAGUAACAUCUGACGACAUCGUUUUAGUCAUCUUCUCUGUACAUACGAAAGUAUUUCCCGCCAAAUUAGGGGCAGGGGGGGUCUCAAUUUUUUGUAAUUACAAAACGAGAUAAAUUAACUAAUUAAUCAUUGGUUUGUGUUUGACUUUUCUACCGUCGAUGGAAAUGAAAGUGACAUUAAUUGACUUAUCUAUUACACGGCUAGUUAGCUUAAAACGCACCUCGGCAGUGGCGGAAAUGAAUCAUCUCUAUGCACUUUUAGUGCAGGUUUGGUCUCCAUUGAUUUUUCUCCUUUCUAAUAACUAACAAUUUAAUCUACUACCACUCUCAUUU